UGCUGGCUCAGCUGAGUGUGUCCCGAUGGCGGCCCGCAGUGUGUUCAGGGCGGCUUUGUUCCGGGACCGAGUGGCGCUGGUGACCGGCGGAGGGACAGGGAUCGGCGCCGCUAUCGCCGCCGAGCUGCUCGGGCUAGAAUGCAACGUUGUGAUUGCAUCCCGGAAAAUUGAAAGACUGCGAGAAACUGCACAACAGCUUUCAGCCUCAGUCCUUCCAUCGAGUUCUGCAAAGAUCACGGCAGUCCAGUGUAACAUUCGCAAAGAGGACGAGGUGAGGAACCUGAUGAGAGAGACUCUGCAGUUACACGGAAGGAUUGAUUACCUGGUCAAUAACGCAGGGGGUCAGUUCCCCAGUCCCACUGAACACAUCACGGCUAAAGGCUGGGGUGCGGUGAUAGAGACCAACCUGACCGGAACAUUCUACUGUUGCAGAGAAGUGUAUACUGCCUGGAUGAAGGAGAACGGUGGGGCCAUUGUGAACAUUGUGGCAGAUAUGUGGAAAGGUUUCCCAGGAAUGUCGCACACGGGAGCAGCACGAGCUGCUGUGGACAAUCUUACCAAGAGCCUGGCCAUUGAGUGGGCAGCCAGUGGAGUGCGGAUCAAUGCUGUGGCUCCCGGAGUCAUCUUCUCGGAAACAGCGGUUGCCAAUUACAAGGAACUGGGACCCAAAUUGUUCAAAGAUUACAUCCCAAAAAUCCCAGCCAAGAGACUGGGUGUCCCAGAGGAGGUUUCCUCGGUUGUUUGCUUCCUGCUGUCUCCUGCAGCCUCCUUCAUGACUGGGGAGACUGUGAGGGUCGAUGCUGGACAGAGCCUGUACCAGAGCCCGUGGGAGGUACCUGAACAUGAUCGUUGGCCACCUGCUCCUGAAAGCCAGAACUCCACCGCUCUGACUAACUUCCUCGCUGGAAAACUUCCCUCAAAACUGUGAACAAGUGUGGGGACCAUCAGCUGGACACACCUUCAUCCAGUAUUGUCAAUUACUCGGCCAGAAUUUGUACUUCUACUGGUUAAUGUGCAACAGACUUUUUAAGCAAUUCUCACCCAACAAACGUUACACAAAUAAAACUGAAAUGUUUAACACUGAAA